AUGGUUCGCUCGGCCGCAUCCCGGACUCUCCGGGCAUUCGCCGCAGCCCCGGAGCAAGGCCGGCUCCGCUGUCGGGCUGCGCCUUCCUCGCGCCGGUCCCUGCAGACCUCGGCCCACCGCCACGCCGUCGCCCUCGCCAGCAAGGCUCGGCACCCGGACGCCGACCCCGCGGAGGAGGAGGAGGAGCCCGCAAAACCCUCCUCCUCCUCUUCUUCUUCUUCUUCGCGCAGCGUCACCGUCCAGGACGUGCUCGAGCGCCGCGCCAGGGCAGGCCGCCUCGUCGCCGGCACGGCCGCCUACUCGGACAGCGACAUGUUCAAGGCGCCGCCGCACCCGUCCAAGCCCCGCGCCGCCCGGUGGGACCACCACCUCAGCGCCGAGAGCGCCGCCCGCGAGCCCUGCGUGCUCAAGUCGGCCGCCGCCAAGCACCUCGGGCGGCCGGGGCUCAUCUCCCUCGGCGGCGGCCUGCCCUGCCCGGAGUACUUCCCCUUCGAGUCCAUCAGCAUGCGCGUGCCCCGCGCGCCGCUCUUCUCCGAGCGGGAGACGGCCGAGUCCGGCGUCGACGUGACGAUCGGCAAGUACGACGCCUCCGCCGCCGGGGGAGAGGACAAGGUGUACGACCUGUCGAUCGGGCUCAACUACGGGCAGGCGACGGGGUCGGCGCAGAUGCUGCGCUUCGUGACGGAGCACACCGAGAUCGUGCACGACCCGCCCUACGCCGACUGGCGGUCCUGCAUGACGGUCGGCAGCACGGGCGCGCUGGAGCAGGCCUUCCGGAUGCUGUGCGACCGGGAGCGGGGCGACAGCAUCCUGACGGAGGAGUUCAGCUUCUCGACGGCGCUCGAGACGGCGGCCCCGCUGGGCGCCAGGAUCGUCGGCGUCCCCGUCGACGAGGAGGGCCUGGUCCCGGCGCGCAUGGACGAGAUCCUGACCGGCUGGAGGCCCGAGGAGCGGGGCGGGAUGCGGAAGCCGCACGUGCUGUACACGGUGCCCAGCGGCCAGAACCCGACGGGCACGACGCAGGGCGAGCAGAGGCGCCGGGAGGUCUAUGACGUGUGCUGCAAGCACGACGUGUACAUCAUCGAGGACGAGCCCUACUACUUCCUCCAGAUGGACCCGUACGCCGGGCCGGAGGCCGCUGCCGGCGGCGGCAAGGAGCCGGCGACCACGACGGCGGCGCCCGUCGACCCGGCGCAGACGCCCGUCGACGAGUUCCUCGACCGGCUGAUCCCCUCGCUGCUGAGCAUGGACCGCGACGGCCGCGUCCUGCGCCUCGACUCCUUCUCGAAAGUGGUCGUGCCCGGGUCGCGCCUCGGCUGGGUCACGGCCUCGGAGCAGAUGGUCGAGCGCUUCCUGCGGCACGCCGAGGUCGCCAACCAGGGGCCCGCGGGCUUCUCGCAGCUCGUCCUGCACCGCCUGCUCGACGAGGAGUGGGGCCACGAGGGCUACCUGCGCUGGCUGAUGCGGAUGCGCCGCGAGUACACGGCGCGCCGGGACGUCAUGCUCGCCGCCUGCGACGAGGCCCUGCCGCGCGAGGUUGUGAGCUGGAACGCGCCCGCGGCGGGCAUGUUUCAUUGGCUCAAGGUCGACCACACGCAGCACCCGGACGCCGGGAGCAAGAGCAUCGUCGAGAUCGAGGAGGACAUCUUCGACCGGUGCAUCGACAAGGGCGUGCUGGUGGCCCGGGGCUCGUGGUUUGUCGCCGAGCACGGGCGCCCGCCGACGAACCUCUUCUUCCGGGCGACCUACGCCGCCGCCCAGCCGGACAAGAUGACCGAGGCGAUCCGCCGGUUCGGCAAGGCGGUGCGGGAGAGCUUCCGGCUGUGA